GAAGGGUUUCCAUGGUCGGGUUUUAUUCUGGGUUUCCAUGGUCGGUUUCGGUGGCUACGAUGAUGCGUCGUGUUGGUGCAUCAGGUGGUUGCGGGGGCUGGGCUAGGGAUCAGGGCGGGGGUCGUCGGUCAGGCAGAAUUCUGUGGGUCGUCAUGUAAGUGCUGGAGUCAAGCAAGCGGAAAUCUGGGCAUUGCGUAAGACGGUUGCGGUGGCAGGGGUGGUUUUUCGGGAGGAGGAAAGGGGGAUUAAGUGGAGUCGGCGGUUUUGGUGGGGUCAAGGGGUUCUAGAAGGAGGUCAGGGGGUUCCGGCGGGUUUUGACGAGAGGAUAGGGGUUUCCGGCAGGAGGUCAAGGAGUUCCGACGGUUGGCUUUGGGUUGUCGAUUGUCUUUGGCAGGUGGUUACGGUGGUGGGGCUGGGUUGGGUUAGCAUUCAGAGUUUUUUUUUUAAUUUUUUUUAAACAAAUAGCUGACUGACACGUGUCCACAUGUGUCAUGAUUAAACCCUAAUGACUAACGGAGUUAAUGACCGUCAAUCAUUAAUAACACUCGGUGAAUUUUUUUACAACUCAGUGGCAUUUUGUGAAUUUAAAAACCUAGAUAAUAUUCGGUGAAUUAUUAAAGUGCUUACUGGUAUUUGAUGAAGUAGCCGAUUUUCAUUUGGUUGGGCGUUGUUUUUGGUGUGUGAGCACCAAAACCGCCUUUCCCGUUGCAUUCUAUAUUACGCCUCUCGUUUUUUUGUUCAUCUCAAUUCUUUCAACCUAUAAAAUUUAACCAAAUUUCUCAAAUCAAAUCAAAAAACGCCAAUAACCCAGAAUUUUCUUUCUCUUCUUCAUCCUUCUUUUAACAGAGACAAGUUUUCGUCUUUGUUUUAUUUUAUUUUUAUUUUCCCUGGUAAUUUUUCACAUUUAACCAUUUCAAUUUCUUUUAAAUUUCCUACAUUUUCUUCCUAAUUACUGUGUAACCCCCAUUUGCUUGUUUCCUCUGUUAAAUCUGGAAAUUUCUGGUUAAUCUUGGUGUACCCAUUACAUAAGAAUUGUUGUCUGUGUUCUUGAGCUUCAGGAAAACAAAUUAUUAAAUUCAAAAAAUUAAAAAAAUAGCUCUAUUUUCCCAUCAAGGGCACUUUUAUCCAACUAUGGAUGGAAGGGAUACAUGGGUUAGCCAUUAUCACUAUGGUUCUGUGUUAAACCCUGUCAAAUUCGAUUCCUUCUCCGAUGUUGAUGAUGAGGUAAACAAAGACAUAGUGUCUGUAGACUCAAUUCUUCCGGAUGACUUGUUGGAGAGGAUUCUGGCCUAUCUACCUAUUGCCAGCAUUUUUAGAGCUGGUUGUGUUUGCAAGAGAUGGAAUGAUAUAGUGACUUCGAAACGUUUUUUGUGGAAUUUUUCUGUCCAUGUUCUAUCACAUAAGCCCUGGUAUUUCAUGUUUAUCAGCACUGAUGAAUCUUUUGGGUAUUCUUAUGAUCCUGGCCUUAAAAAGUGGUAUGGCAUUGACCUGCCUUACUUUGUUACCUCUAAUUGGUUCGUUGCUUCCUCCUUCGGCCUUGUUUGCUUCAUGAACAAUGAUAGCAGAAGUGAGCUCCAUGUUUACAACCCCAUUACCAAAUGCAGCAAGAGGCUCAUGGAGCCUCCAGGCAUUAAAUUCUCUGAUUAUACUGCCCUCACAAUAUCUGUUGAUAGGACAUCUCACAACUACAAUGUCUCGAUUGUGAAAUCGAAACAAGUACCAGACAACUUCUACCAAUGGGAUCUCUCCAUUCAUAUCUAUAGCUCAGAAACAAUGAUGUGGGUGUCUCCACUCACGGAGGUUUUAAACGGGUGGAGAGCUGGUGAUGAGUGUGUGAUUUGUGACGGUGUUCUCUACUUCUUGCUCUACUCUACUGGGGGUGGAAUGCCUGAUAAACGCCAUGGCUUGAUCAAGUACAAUCUCUCAAGCCGCUCACCCCGUGGCUUGUUGAUGAGGAAUUUUAUCCCAGCCCCUUGCCCUUUAACGUGUGGCCGAUUGAUGAACCUCAAGGAGAAGUUGGUGAUGGUUGGAGGGAUCGGGAAACAGGAUCGCUCUGACAUAAUCAAAGGGAUAGGGAUUUGGGUCUUAAACGGAAACGAAUGGCAAGAUGUUGCUCGGAUGCCACACAAGUACUUUCAAGGUUUUGGAGAGUUUGAUGAUGUAUUCGCUAGUAGCGGAACUGAUGAUCUGAUAUACAUCCAGAGCUUUGGUGCACCAGCCUUGCUUUUGUUUGACAUGAACCUAAGGCAAUGGAAAUGGUCACAGAAAUGUCCUGUUACAAAGAGGUUCCCUCUUCAGCUUUUCAAUGGCUUUUGCUUUGAACCUAGGCUUGAAGUUUCUCCUUAAUGUUGGGGAACUUUAGUUACUAGUAUUUGCUUUUACUACCACUGUAGUCUCUCAACCCCACCAAAAAAAAACCUGUUUUUCAUUUGUCAUUUGGUUAUGAUAACAUCUAUCUUUCAGAACAGUGCAUAACAAAACAUACCAGCUGGAAAAAUGGCUGCAUCCGAAAAAAAAAAAAAAAACACCCAUUUAUUUACUUUUAAAUCUUUUGCAAUCAACAGCUGAGCUCAAGUACAAGUUCUGAUCACCUAGGGAUUGAAAAUUCAAAAAAAAAAAAAAAAAA